GGGGCGGGGGGCGGCCGGGCCCGGUCCGGCCCUUCCCUGCCUGGCGCGGCGCGGGCGCCGCUUCCCCCUCGGCGGGGCUGCCCGGCUUUUAAGAGCGGCGCGGCGCGGCGCAGCCAGCCACAGACAGCCGCCAGCUCUCCGGCCGUGCUGAGGUAUUCGGCCCGGGCGGCCUGCAGCGGAGCCGGGGAAGGCAGCGGCAGCACCGGGGAGAUCCAUGCGGCACGGGCGGCCCUAGGCUGCCCGUCGGCCGCAGUAUGCCGGUCCCUCUGCGCCUGCUGUGGCUGUUCUGGCUCUGCAGCCUCUGCCGCGGGUACUUCGAGGGGCCGCUGUAUCCCGAGAUGUCCAACGGGAGCCUGCACCACUACUUCGUCCCCGAUGGAGACUACGAGGAGAACGACGACCCCGAGCGGUGCCAGCUGCUGUUCCGGGUGAGCGAGCAGCGGCGGUGCGGUGCGGCGGCGGGCGGUGGGCUCAGCCUGCGAGAGGAGCUGACGGUGUUGGGGCGGCAGGUGGAGGACGCGGGCCGGGUACUGGAAGGCAUCGGCAGGAGCAUCUCCUACGACCUGGACGGGGAGGAGAGCUACGGUGCCUACCUGCGCCGCGAGUCCGCCCAGAUCAGCGACGCCUACUCCAGCUCGGACCGCUCUCUGAGCGAGCUGGAGGGCAAAUUCCGUCAGGGGCAGGAGCAGGGCGGCCGGGAGGAGUCCCGUCUGGGCGACAGCUUCCUGGGGCUGCUGCUGCACGCCCGCGCCCUUCUCCGCGAGACUCGCCACGUCUCCAGCGGGCUGCGCGACAAGUACGACCUCCUGGCCCUCACCGUCCGCAGCCACGGCGCCCGCCUCAGUCGCCUCAAGAAUGACUAUCUCCGCGCCUGAGACGGGACCCCGUGCCCGGCAGGAGCCCCUGGCCCAGCUGAACCUGGACCCCCCACCGGCUUCAAGAGAGACCCCCAGCCCUACCGCCAGUCCCCCGGAAGGCACAGCCCUGGCGUCUGCCUGGAAGGAGCACCUCCUUGGACAAACCCAAGAAUCAUUAAGGUUGGAAAAGACCUCCGAGAUCAUGAAGUACAACCUUUGACUGAAUACCACCACGCCCACUAAACCAUAUUGAGAAGUGCUACAUUUACUCAUUUUUUAACACUUCCAGGGAUAGUAACUCAACCAAAAUACAUUAUUCUUCAUGGAAAAACCUUAUUUAUUUUACUUUCUAAACAAAUAGCACAAUUCUAUAAACCAGGAGGUUCGAGGUAUGUUUAAGUUAAUAUCCCAUAUUCAAAAAUCUACCCUCUGUUAUUCAUCUUUGGUUGCAAAGUGAAGUAAGCUUUCUCUCUGAGUCCCUGUUGGGUUUGGUUUUUUUAAUAUCACCUGUUUUUCUGUGGCUCACCUGCCAUUAAGUGUAGUUGAAGUGAGGUGCUGGCCAGCUCCUUCCAGACUCCUGUGUAGCUAAAAUUGCUUUUGUUGUUAGUCCUUCAGGGUGAAACCUCUGGUCCUCUAUUAACUUUCUUUCUAAUGAUAUGCAUUAUAUGAUCAUUAAACGUUGUUCCACUACAUAGAGCUGUGAUUUUCAUUUGCGUUUAGAAAGAUGGUAACUAUUCUGGCAGGAUUUGUACUUCCAGGCUUGCUUAUCUGUGACUUUAAUCUAUAUUACCCUAAGAAGCAGCCAAAAAGGCUUAUGUCAGAUCCUGAGAAUGCUGGUGGAGAUUUUUAUAGCAAAAAGAAUGAGCCCUAGUGGUGAUUAGAGUUUUGGAUCCCAGAUUUGAGAGCCAGGAGCAUAUUUCUAAAGCAAGACAUGAAAGCAUAGUGACUUUUUUUGUUGGUGACAUUGUACUUUUGCUAGCUAAGUUUUUAAUAAAACUACUUGUGGUCCUAGACAAUAGCAAAAGUGCCUGGUGGGAAGGAGGGUGGGGUUUAUUUGGGUUUUUAGACUCAUUGCUAUUUAACUGACAAUUUGGGGUAAUGCGGCUAUUAGGUUACAGAUACUGCAGGCAGAAUAGGCGUUUGGAUGAAAAAAGUUUACAGGUUGUUGUAGUAAAUAUUGAAAACAAUGUUAAAGUACUUUUUUGUUAUUAGUUCCCAAGAUAUUCUUAAUUUUAAAACAUUCUGUUGAAGUGUGUCUUUACAGAAAAAAAUUGCAAAUUUGUAGCCCCUGCCAAGUGAAAUAACUUGCUUUUUAGUAAAAACAAAAAUUUACAGACUCAUGAGGUAAGCAAGUUUCAUUAAAAGAAACAAUACAGAAGGGCUUGCAGACUUUUUUGAGUUUGUAAGCCUUUUUAAACACUUAGCAACCUCAUGGCAUUGGAAGAGAAGCUGAUGUACUUUUGAGGUCUGUUCUUGUCAACCCUGCUCCCAUUUAGUUAUAUUUCAGUCUGCAAACCACCCAGUGGGUAAGUUAUUAUAAGUCUGUAAAUUGUCAUCUAAUGAAACAAGACUGUGGUACUUUAUAAUCCACACUAAUGUUUCAUAUGAUAAAUAUGAAAUCCUGACACUUUUUUAUGUUUCAGUGAAAUAUAAACAUUUUUAUAUUUGAAAUAUGACAGAACUCUGAUUUUGCUUCAGUAGCAUUGAUUUUGGAAGGCUUUAAAUGUUCCUUUCAAAAAGAAAAUUAAGAUAUCUGAGUCUAGUCUAUGUAUAAGUUCACACAUUUAAUAAAAAUGGUCAAUCUUAUGUGGAUUUGUUGAAGCCAAUACAAAAAUCUUUUAGGACAUUUAAAUCUACUAGAAUUUGAUUUAUAUCAUUUUGGCUAAUCUAAGCAAAUGUAUAUGUUAAAUAUAUAAUUUUUGAGUCAGAGCUCAUACAUUAAAUGUUUUUUAUAGAGCUGCCUGCAAGAACUGAAUGCUUAGUGAUAUUCAGCAGUUUAAAGUUUUAAAUUCAAUUUUUUUCUUUAAAAAUUAUGAAAACUAUAUUGCAAUACUCUUUGCAAUCUUAUUAAUGUCCUGCUUUUGCUUUUUAUCUGGUAAAACUUAAUUGUUUGGAAGGUAUGAAGAUCCCCUGGAUCUGGAGCUUCGUACAGCCUAUUUCAAAUAGUAAAGGCCCUUUUAUCACUGAAAAUUUGGUGAUGAUUUCUAAGCAGAGAGCUUUAAAAGGAUGAUUGUAACAGCAAUCAUCCUCAUUAUAUUCUCCCGUUGUGUUAAAAUAUUGCAUUGGUAUUAGACUCUUUUUUUCUUUUUCAGAAUGCAGAAGUUUGAGCUAAAAUUGAGCUGACAGUGGGGUUUUUUUUGUAAUUUUCUGACGAUUUUCAAAACAUGUAUUAUUUCUGAAUUUAUUAAAGCAUUGAUGGUAUUGAAGAGCAAAAGACAAUUUUGUGGGAAAAAAAAAAUGCUGCAGCUGGAACAGUCAUAGAGAGCUUACUUAAUACUUAAGUUUUUCAUCAAGAGGAACAGGUUGCCCAGAGAAGGUGUGGAUGCUCCAUCUUUGAAAGCGUUCAAGGCCAGGCUAAAUAGAGCUUUGAGCAACCUGGUCUAGUGGAAGAUGUCUCCACCUAAGGCAGGUGGAUUGGAAUGAGAUGAUCUUUAAGGUCCCUUCCCACUCAAAGCAUUCUAUGACUAGAGUCAAAGCAAGGCACUAAGGGACUCACCUCCACUUCUCUCCAGGUAGCUCACUUUGGAAAGCAGUGCUCUGAUGUGGACAUUCUCAUAUCCACAGAUACACACAGAACAGAAGGCACUCAGAAUAUGCCCAAAACCAUUAAAAGAAGCUUGAGAAAGAAAAGUGUCCUUGCCUUGUGCCAAGUUAAUGACUAGGAAUUCAGAGGGGAGUGUGCAAACUGGAUUUCAAAAUUGCAAUUUCCAGUGUCACAGGCUGACUUACCCAGGACCAUCCUCACAAAGAGAGGUCAAGUGAAGCUUUCAAAAACUUGGUGACCCUUUAAAAAACCCUAUGUGUGCCAAGCUGGGCUGUAUGAAUUGUCUGAAGCUAAAUUGUUGCUCAUAUAGGUUGUCAUUUACUCAAAUGCAGUUUGGCAAGACGUGAACCUCAGAAGCAAAAAAUAUACCUGGCUUAGUCACUAGAAACAACCUUGUGAGCUACAGAGCUCUGGUUAUAGUCUUGUCUAGAAAAUGUGUAUUUUGUGGAGAAAUUCUAUCGGAUGUGUCUAUUACUGUUGGUGUGUCUGUUUCUUUAGAUGGUUUUCAUGCUGCUUUACCAGUUUCUUGCUCAUGCUUCUUGAAUACCAAUUUUGUGAUUAUUAAAGAAGUUUUCAACUAACA